UUUCUUGCAUGUAUAAAUCCCUUCGUUCUCGUCUCCUUUCUUGCCACUGAAAUAGCAACAGAUGCUUGGCUGAGCUGUAACAUGCUGGCGAGCAAGCUGCCCCUGCAGACGGGAGAACUCCGUGCUUUUGAUCUCCGGGAGAGCUGAACCCAGCGAUGUCCUGCUGCCGAUUCCUCCCUGCAGGGAAAACUGUUCGCUGCCUACGGGCUGUGGAGCUCACUUGCUUCUAAAGGAAAGAGCAGCCUGGCAUAAAACUCACAGUAAAUGCAGAUUGUUUGAUGUUUGCACUUGUAAAAGUGACUAAAGCCCUGCCGGAUUCCACCCCAUAUGCACAGCAGCAGCUUGGAAGGACUUGUUUACCUUUUCCUUUUUUCUUUGUUUUUUUUUCCCUCUCUUUUUAACCUGUGCUCUCUCAGGUCCAGUCACCGGUGAGCUCAGCUCCUCUGCUGACAAUGAACACCACACACUUUGCAUUCUCAUUUCAGCCCGUGCCGCUUAACGCCACCGAAGACUUCAACGACUCCGUCCCGAACAACAGGAGCGGUGACGGAUUUUGCGAGCAGGUCUUCAUCAAAGCCGAGGUCUUCUUGACUCUGGGGAUCAUCAGCCUGCUGGAGAACAUCCUUGUCAUUCUGGCAGUGCUGAAGAACGGGAACCUGCACUCUCCCAUGUAUUUCUUCCUCUGCAGCCUGGCUGUGGCAGAUAUGUUGGUGAGCAUGUCGAACGCCCUGGAGACCAUCAUGAUCGCAAUCCUCAGCAACGGCUACCUGAUCAUUGACGACCACUUCAUCCAGCACAUGGACAAUGUUUUUGACUCAAUGAUUUGUAUUUCUCUGGUAGCCUCCAUUUGCAACCUCCUGGUCAUAGCCAUCGACAGGUACAUCACUAUUUUCUAUGCCCUCCGUUACCACAGCAUCAUGACGGUGAAGAAAGCCCUGACCCUCAUUGUGCUCAUUUGGGUGGCUUGCAUCAUCUGUGGCAUCAUUUUCAUUGCCUACUCGGAGAGCAAAACUGUCAUUGUGUGUCUCAUCACCAUGUUCUUCACCAUGCUGCUGCUCAUGGCCUCGCUGUACGUGCACAUGUUCCUGUUCGCCCGCCUGCACGUCAAGCGCAUCGCGGCGCUGCCCGUCGAGGGCGUGCCCCCCCAGCGCACCUGCAUGAAGGGGGCCGUCACCAUCACCAUCCUCCUGGGGGUCUUCAUUGUCUGCUGGGCGCCCUUCUUCCUCCACCUCAUCCUCAUCAUCUCCUGCCCCAUGAACCCCUACUGCAUCUGCUACACCGCGCACUUCAACACCUACCUGGUGCUGAUCAUGUGCAACUCCGUCAUCGACCCGCUCAUUUACGCCUUCAGGAGCCUGGAGAUGAGGAAGACUUUCAAAGAAAUCGUGUGUUGCUGCUAUGACAUGAGUGUGGGACAGUGCAUGCUGUAAACAGCUGGCUUUGGGUGGAAAAAACACGCCACAGGUGUAUAAAUAUAAAUAUAUUUAUGUAUAUAUUGAGAUACAGAGCAGCUCACUUUAAACGCAGUGCCUGAAGGAAGGGUGCAGGAAAGACAAAAGCCUCCUACAUGAUGCCUUGUUUCUUACUUUUUAGAGUGAAAACUAGUUUCAACUGAAUUAUUUGAAGUUUUUUAAAUAGUUAUAAUGGAAGGAAAUCCAGAGUGGCUCACAAAACAAAACUUACUGGGGAAAAUGAAUCCUGAAAGGGAAUGCCACCUUCUAGAGACUGAGAUAAGAUUCCCUCUAGCAUUCGUUUGUGCCUGUUGCUUUAUCUCUGUGCCACUGCCAACAAAUCGGUGUUUUCUGAAAGAUUUCAAUAGUAACCUCUGUGGAAAGCUAUUUUUCCAAACACCAUCAGGUAACAGCAUUGCUCUUACACCUAUGUCUCCACCUUUUAAUGAAAGAAUAGGUUGACAUUUUUGCUGCUUGCCAUAAAGCAAUUUUUGUACAAUUUUCAAAGGGUGAAACAUUUCUCUUGCACUGAAAUCAGUUCUCACUACAGUAUCAGUGACAGUGUGGCUCCAACAGCUGCCUGAUAGGAUUGACUCAUGUCAAGGCUUUUACAUUAUUUAUUGUGAUAUAAGAAUAUUAUAUCUUUGAAUUUUUAAUUAUUUUUUUAAAGCUGGAAUGUCCUGAUCAAUGUAGUGAUUGCUGUGUUUGUAAAAACUCAUAGGAGUCUCCAUUUGAUAAAUCCUAACUCAUGAAAUCCAUGGAUCUGAACAUCAGAAAGAGCUAAAAAUCAAAAUACUUUGGGUAAAAGCUGCAGGGAGUCCUUAGAAAUAUCCAUGUGUGAGUUCAGCAGCUGGAAGAAACCAGGUGUGUGUGGCAGAGAGGGCUUUAUCCACAGAGAAAUAAAUGUCCUGGAGCAGUGUUUUCUUAGUUCAGCUUUACCCUGCCCUGGGAACAGGAGAGCACUGCCAGCCUUUCCCAGCCCCACGGGUGGC